AUUUCCCCUUCAAAAUAAUCCCACCAUAAAACCCCAUGUUGUCAACAAAAUUCGCGACCUGUGACGUAACUGCAUACUUUAUCGUCCACGACUCCUACCGCGUGCGAUUCCUCAAAAUCUUAACCUAAACCCGCGGAACGAUUACGUCAAUACCAGGUGACCUCCCUCGCCACCCUGCUACAGACUGUUAUUGUUUAUUGUUGUAUAUUUCCGAAAAACAAGUCAGUUUCUGUGUUUUAAAAUCGAACUCCAAGUGGUGCAUAGAAGAUUUCUAACGGUCUAAUAAAAAUCAACGCACAAAACUCAUCUAAAUCGAAACUUUGUAGACUUGAUUGAUCAUUGAAUAUACCUCUAGUAGUAACGCAAGCUAUACUGCCGAACGCAAUAAAUAGUAUAAGGUUAUUUUAGCUGUAGUUACUUAAGUUUGAAAAGUGGAGAACCCAAGCACUGCCAACGUUACCACCGGAAUCGCACCAACUGAUAGAUAUAGUGUUAUUCUGACAAUAUCAACCAAAGCCUCUGACGGCUUCGCCUUGAUAAACGAUUACAACGCCGCCCCGCUGUUCGCCUCAGAAAACGCUUCCAGUGAAGUGUGGAGCGCGAGCGGCGGGGCCGGCAACGGAUCAGCAUGCGGUAGCAGCGGCAUGGACCUGAAACACGAAGUGGCAUACCGCGGUGUGCUACCUGGCCAGGUGAAGGCCGAGCCCGGUGUCAGCCACAACGGCCAUCCGCCCAACGGUCACGUCAGGGAGUGGAUGGCGGGCGGAGCGGGCUCACCAUCCCCCGGCGUGGCCACUCAGCCACAGCCCAACAACGGCUACUCUUCACCCUUGUCAUCAAGCAGCUAUGGACCGUACAGCCCUAACGGAAAAAUAGGUCGAGAAGAAUUAUCACCAGCUUCGAGUGUGAAUGGCUGCAGUACAGAUGGCGACGCGCGGCGGCAGAAAAAGGGUCCAGUUCCGCGUCAGCAGGAGGAGCUAUGCCUCGUUUGUGGCGACAGAGCUUCUGGGUACCACUACAACGCGCUCACAUGUGAAGGUUGCAAAGGUUUCUUCAGGCGGAGUGUGACUAAGAAUGCAGUGUACAUAUGCAAAUUCGGACACGCAUGCGAAAUGGACAUGUACAUGAGGAGGAAAUGUCAAGAAUGCCGGUUAAAGAAAUGCUUGGCUGUGGGCAUGAGGCCCGAGUGCGUAGUCCCAGAAACCCAGUGUGCGAUAAAGAGGAAAGAGAAGAAAGCCCAGAGAGAAAAAGACAAGCUACCAGUCAGCACGACGACAGUAGAUGACCACAUGCCGCCCAUAAUGCAAUGCGAUCCCCCGCCCCCAGAAGCUGCCAGGAUUCUCGAAUGUUUGCAGCACGAAGUGGUCCCGCGGUUCCUCUCGGAUAAGCUAAUGGAACAGAAUCGGCAGAAGAACAUCCCUCCGCUCACCACCAACCAGCAGUUCCUGAUCGCGAGACUCGUUUGGUACCAAGACGGAUACGAGCAGCCCUCCGAGGAGGACCUUAAAAGGGUUACGCAGACUUGGCAACAGGAUGAUAAUAUUGACGAGCAGACAGACAUGCCAUUCCGUCAAAUUACCGAGAUGACCAUCCUCACAGUACAGCUCAUCGUGGAAUUCGCCAAGGGUCUGCCUGGCUUCUCCAAGAUCUCGCAGCCUGAUCAAAUAACACUGCUUAAGGCGUGCUCAAGUGAAGUAAUGAUGCUGCGAGUGUCUCGGCGGUAUGACGUACAAACGGACAGUGUGCUGUUCGCAAACAAUCAGGCAUACACCCGCGACAACUACCGCAAGGCGGGCAUGGAUUAUGUCAUCGAAGACUUGCUGCACUUCUGCCGCUGCAUGCACUCUUUGACCAUGGACAACGUUCAGUAUGCACUAGUAACUGCUAUUGUUAUAUUUUCAGAUCGGCCCGGCCUCGAACAACCAAAGCUAGUCGAAGAGAUCCAGAAAUAUUACCUGAACACGUUGAGAACAUACAUCGUGAACCAGAACAGUGGCUCCCCGCGAUGCCCCAUCAUCUAUGGCAAGGUCCUCUCAAUCCUGGCUGAGCUGCGCACCCUUGGCAUGCAGAACUCCAACAUGUGCAUUUCGCUAAAGCUGAAGAACAGGAAGCUGCCGCCGUUCCUCGAGGAGAUCUGGGACGUGGCGGAUGUGGCGUCGGGGAAUGCACCCGUCAGGGAGCAAGCGCAGCUCUAGCCCUUGCGUAGCGAGCACAACCCCGCCGCCCGCGGCUAGCCACCGGCCCGCGCCGCGCCCAAGGAGAGAACGCUCAUAGACUGGCUAGUUUUAGUGAAGUGCACGGACACUGCGUCGGACGUGAUGAACGUAUUUAUAAUGUGCAAAUUUUAACACAUAAGGGAGUACGGCUGUACUCAUACGUAUUCGGUGACCGACGACGAUGAUGUGCGAGAGAUUAGUGAAUAUAUGUGUUGUUGAAUGUUUGGAGAAUAUAUUUAGUGUUGAUCG